CUGCGCAGACGCGUUAAGGACAGUGAGAGGAAAGUCCUCUAGGAGGAAAUUCACGCACUACUGUUACUUGAGACCAGCACAUUUUCUUUGGGAAAUACCGAUCGCAGAGCCUCUAGUUUUGUAUAUUUUCCCGAUUGGGCGAAUAUGGCGACGCUGGGACCAGAGCCCCGUCCUCACUCCCAGCUGCCUCCUGCCGCAUUACAGGCGAACCUCAGCGGACUGGGCUCAAACACGAACCUGCCUCUCAACCGGGGCUUGGAGAGGGCUCUGGAGGAUGCGGCGAACUCUGGAUUUCUAAACCUCAGCACAAGAAAACUGAAAGAAUUCCCUCGGACAGCAUCUAAUUAUGACCUGACGGAUACGGUUGAAGCAGACCUGUCGAAGAAUCGAUUGAUUGACAUCCCAUCCGAGGUGUGUCACCUGGUCUCCCUGGAAACACUGAACCUUUAUCACAACUGCAUCAAAAUCAUCCCAGAUACCAUCAUCAGCCUACAGUCACUUACCUUCUUAAACAUCAGCCGGAACCAGUUGUCAGUGCUGCCAGCGUGUGUUUGUGGUCUUCCCUUGCGAGUGCUCAAUGCCAGCAAUAACAAACUCAACACACUUCCAGAAAGCAUUGGCCUGCUCACCAAUCUCAUGGAACUGGAUGUAAGCUGUAAUGAAAUCACAGCUCUUCCACGUCACAUUGGCCGACUCAAAGCCUUGAGGGAACUCAAUGUACACCGAAACCUUCUCUGUGUCCUACCAGAGGAUUUGGCAGAUCUACCUCUGGUCAAGUUUGACUUCUCCUGUAAUAAAGUUUCCACUAUUCCUGUCUGCUAUCGAAAAAUGACCCACCUCCAAUCACUUCAGCUAGAGAACAAUCCACUUCAGAGUCCACCUGCACAGAUCUGCAUGAAGGGUAAGAUCCAUAUAUUUAAAUACCUCGCCAUGGAGGCUUGUCGUAGUGACAAGUUGGCUGAUGCCCUGUAUCUGCCUGUCACGGACCGCCUCAGCUUGACACGACCCACCAAUGGGAGCACUGAGGAUAUUGAUCAGCACAAGAAACUUGACAGCGACUCUGGGCUGGGCAGUGACAACGGAGACAAACGCCUCUCUGCUACAGAGCCAUCAGAUGAGGACAGUCUUAGCCUGAAUGUGCCCAUGACCAACAUCACAGAGGAGGAGGGCCUGAGCAAAGACGACUCCACUGAACACAUCAGCGCCCUGACAGCAGAUAAAAGUCCAUCUGAAUCUCUAAAGGAGCAGCUGGGCUACAGAGGCUCCUCCCUCAGCUCACCAUUUGUCAACUAUAUCAAGGGUCGAGGUGCUGACAUUGAUGAGCCCCUCAGGAUAGAAGAAGACAGCAACUGGACAUCAGAACAAACGUCAAAGGUCAAUAUGAUCAAUCAGCUAAAGGAGGCUGUGGAGAUGCUACAGGAUCCUAACAGGGUUAACAUGAACUCAGCUGAUCUGUCUGGCAUUAAACUUUACCCUGUGGAAAUGGUCACAGUAGAUGAAUCGCUCAAUGGCCAGGAGAGUGAUGAGGGUCAGAUGACGCCUAAGGCAACUCCUGGAGAAUGCUGGGAGUUCCAGAGGAAGAGACAGUACAUUCUAGAACGGGCCCGGCUCGAUGCCCAGCUUGCGUGCCAACAGUAUGCCCUGCACCUGGCACAACAGGAGGACGUGAUUGGCCAGGAAGGAUCAGGUGAUAGUUGUGAGAACCAAGUUACCAAGAAUGAAGACAAAACACCAGUUUCGAGUUCCACGUUAAGCUCACCUCCCUUUGGUCUGAAGCCCAGAUCAGCUUCACCCUCUGUGCCCUGCUCGACUUCGCCUUGUCCCCUCCCCCUUACACAGGCCCUGCCCACCGAUAGAGACACGCCCCCUAGCCCAGCUGAAGGAGACGUGUCAAGCAGUGUGUUUUUCAGGACGCACAAGACUCUGGAAUCUGUGGAUCCUCAGUUUACCGUAAGGAGAAAGAUGGAGCAGCUGAGAGAGGAGCUGGAACUCACAGAGCAAUUACGAGAGAGUAUUGAGAGCAGAUUGAAAGUAGUUCUUCCUGAAGAUCUGGGCUCCUCUCUUAUGGACGGGGUUGUGCUAUGUCACCUAGUGAAUCACAUUCGGCCGCGUUCAGUGGCCAGUAUCCAUGUACCGUCCCCUGCAGUGCCCAAGCUUAGCAUGGCUAAAUGCCGCAGAAACGUUGAAAACUUUUUGGAUGCCUGCAGGAAAAUGGGAGUCCCUCAGGAUAGGUUAUGUCUGCCUCAUCAUAUUCUUGAGGAGAAGGGGCUCAUCAAAGUUGGCAUUACUGUCCAAGCUUUGCUGGAAGAGACUUCGACUACACAGACACUCUUCACAUGAAUCCACACAUGCAUAAUUCUUUACAGCUAACUGACACAUACACAACACACUAAUUCAUGUGGACAGAUGUACAUCUCUCGCUGUUACCAGCUGACCUUAACCAAAACAUGAAAUUCUAUGGACAGCAACCAUAUGUUUCUAUUAUAUCAGAUCCUCAAGUACAUGUAUAUGAUCAUGUUUUCCAUAUUUUUAUUUCGUUUAGUACUGUUAUCUCAUCACUGCACUGUUGCCCCCUCUAUAGUCACCAUGGACAUAUAAACAAUCUGCUCAAACCUAGUUUGAGAUAUUAAAUUUCUUAUUUAAUAUACAUAUAUUUAUUAAACAGCUAGUUGAGAGAUGUACACAAUUGGAAGAAAGACAGCAUUUUUUCUUGAUGGGUUUUAUGUAUAUAUAUAUAUAUAUAUAUACAUACACACCUUUUGUGUAGAAUUUAAGAUGUCUGUGUUGGACCUUUAGUGACUACAUUUAAAAAACACGUCCUCCAAGUGUUUUAUGUAUAAGGUUCUUUUUUGGGAGACGUUGUUGUGUCUCAGGGGAGGUGUGGCCUCACUAUAAUUUCAUAGUCUCUGCUCUGCUUACCUUUUAAGUCAGGUAUUUUUUCACUAAAAAAUAUGUUUUGUAUUUGUUUGUACAGUAGAAAACAACAUAACUAACAUCUAUUUUAAGUGUGUGUGUAUAUGAGGAGAAAUAACACAUCUUCAGCAGACUGUUUCUUUUAUGAGAGAACGAGAGCACAUGUUUGCACUUUUUUUAUGCAAGUCUUUGUGUAAUUAUAUUAUUAUUGUUUUUAAUUUGCUUUACUUGUGCGUAUUUCCUUGUGUAAAGAUUGAUGUCCAAAGAUUCAGCUCCAAACAGAUUCAGCCAUGAAACAGACCAAAAACUUUGAAGAUGGUCUCUCACUGAAAAUUAUUUGAAAGUUGCCAAAAUUAUUUUUAUAAAUCAAUGUGAUGUAUAAAGAAAAUAUUCUAAAACAUUUUUAUUAUUAUUAUUUUUAAAAUGAUAUGAGUUUUGUAUUUGUAGAAGGAUUUGUAAUGUGAUAAUGGUUUAUGCACGUAGUAAAAUGUACAGGACGUUUAUAAUCGAUGUGCAUAUUUCAGUGAGAAUAUAUUUUUUUUUUUUCUUGGUUAAAUUUAAAGUACAAUUCCUUUAAUAUUAUAAACUAAAGGGCAAAAAAGCAACUUUAUUAUUACAGUCUUGGUUCUCAUGGAACAGCAGUCAUUGCUAUAACAUCUCCAUUUCUGAUUUCAGAGAGACUCACUUGGCUGUAAUUUCAUAUUCUAUACUUGGUCUGCAUGCUUUAAUUAUAAAUAAAAUUACACUCACUAUAGCAUAAUUAUCAACAAAAUCCUUGUGGAUUAUCUGCUCUUAAAACUAAAUCAGUCUAUGACAAACAUAUUACUAACUAAAAGCUGGCCCAAAGUUUAAUUUGGUGUGCAAAGAAAAAGUCUUUUUUCAUUGAUGUUUUGGAUUUCACUUAACACAAUCUUGUCAUAAAUUAAUUGUAAUUUGAUUGGAAAAAUGUUGAAGAAAUAGAUGGAAUGGAAAUAGCAUCAGAGAUUUUCUUUUUUUUUUCUUUUUUUUUUUUUUUAGAUAUCAGAAGGGGAGAAUUAAAUUUAGCUCUUGAAAUGCAGUUUUGAAAGAGAUAUACUAUUUAAAGUCUUCUAAACUUUCAUAAAUAGGGUUCAUAAAGAAUUUUUCUCAGGAGAAUCUCAGUAUUUUCUGAAUAUGAGCUCGCAUCUGACAGUUUUGCAUCCUGCUUUGACACUAUAAAAAUCUGCAUCCUUUAAAAUUCACUGCUAUAUCUUUUGAGAAAUUGUGCUCUUAGGGUUGUCCUCUGACUUCUUGAUCGCUAACAAAAUCUCAGCUGCAGUGGGCAAGUUGUGCAACAAUACUGUAAUAUCAACGUUCCCCACCACUUUAGAGAAAAUGUUGUAAAAACUAGUGAAGCUACUUUUCAAUAUUAUAUACUAGAUAGAAUUUUAAAUGCAGAUUCGAUUUUCAAAUGACAGUGUUUUGCACUUUAUGUAUUUGGGACUGUCUUUUUUUGGCAACUGGCAAAUAGUAUUAUUUGUGGUAUUUAUAACAGUAUUUGGAGAAACUAAAAUAUUAUAUCAGCUGAUCAAAUCACUGUAACGUGUUUGAUUAAAAAUCACCACAACAUGGGAUACAAAUCUUUUAACUGCUGAAUGUUAUGUGGCUAUUUUGUCUAUUUUUCUUGAUGUCUAGAGAAAAAAAGCUUGUAUUAAACAUUUUUGUACUGUAUUUUUUUUUUUAUAUAAAUAGGAAUUAUUUUUUCACGUCUUUUCAGUGUUUGAUAUUUUCUGAUGUAGCAUGUUUUACCCUUUUGUAAUUCUACCCUAUGUUUUUGGGAAAAGCAUGCAUGUCACUCCUACACCUUUUGCCUUAGCCUCUGUAAAUAAAAAUUAUUUGUACCAAC